ACGACGAACCUACUUUAUUUAUAUUUGAAUCAUAUUUUUCAUAUAUUUUUUUUUAAUAUUCCGUAUUUUGAAAUUCAUUUUCAUCUUGACCCAUUAUAAUUUAUAAUUGAAAUGAUUGUAACAGCAGAUAAUAUGACUGCUAAAGAAGUUAUUAAUGAUUUUAAAGAGAACUAUGGUAAGGUAAGAAAACUCUUAGACGAAGACAGCAAGAAUGACCCACCAAAUGAGCCUUAUUUUUCGAAAUACAAAGCAAAAGACCUUCUAAAAAGCAUUUAUGAUGGCUUAAAAUCGGUAAAUUAUUCCGAGUGUAACUUAGAUCGCAUUAAGUUGGACGCUAUGAUGGGAGUUGUCUUACUAAAUAUUGGCAUAGUGGAUAUGGAAGUUGAAGAGCUUUCGGCUAGUCUAAAUAUAUUAAAAGAGGCUGAAGAACUUCUAUUACCCAACUCGUGUAAACCUGAGAUUGUCACAACAUUAAUUAACAUUGAAAAUAAUCUUGGUAUACUGUGGUCUAAUCUGGAUGAUCCAGAAAAAGCUAAGUCAUACUUAUUUAAGGCAAGAGAAUUAUAUGAAUCAUUCAAAUGUACUAUGCAAAUGCCUUUGCCCAUUGAACACAUAAUUAAUUACCCAAAUGAUAGUAUAACUGGUGAUAUUAUGUUACUAGAAAAAGCAUACACAUUAACUCUGUACUAUAUGGCACAAGUUUUUGGUGCUCUAAAACAGAACCUAAAAUCUGCAUUAUACUGUCAUGUCACUUUAAAAAGACAACUCCAGUAUGAUGAUUAUGAGCCAAUUGAUUGGGCAUUGAACUCCGCCACCCUCUCCCAGUUUUUUGCUGAACAAAAUGGUUUCUAUCAAUCAAGGCAUCAUUUAGCUGCAGCCUCAACAAUUUUGGACCAAUACGAAGUUAAGUUGCUUGAGAGUGAGACAAAUGAUGAUGCUUAUUUAGCAAAGAAAGAACAGUUUAAGCAUAGAUCCGCUGAUGUGGCUCGGUGCUGGGUUAAAUAUUGUUUGUUUUUAAUGACUACUUCAAAAGUCAGAUUAAUGGAUGACAGCGAGCAUUUAAGUGAAGCUAUCACAGAUAUGUCUAAUAUGCAGAUAGAAGAUAGUGAGAAUAUUUGUGAAGGUGACCUAAAAAAUAUGAUUUUUCCAAAUCUGGAUGUUUCCAAGUAUGAAAACAAAAUAACUGAUAAAUUUCUUCUUACCUUCCAAGAUGCCAGGGAAGUAUUUCUUAAUUGUCAAAGUUGGCUUAAUAAAGCUAAGGAGUAUUAUAAGCUAGACUCUCUGGCAUCAGAUUAUAUUGAGUUAAUACAAGAUAGUUCACAAUCUUAUGCCUAUUUAGCUUUUUUUGAGGAGAAUGAUGAACGACAAGCAAAAAUGCAUAAGCGUAGAAUUGAUAUGCUAGAGGAUUUAAUAAAAGAGAUUAACCCUACAUACUAUCUACAGUACUGCAGGCAAAUUUGGUAUGAACUGGGUGAAGUAUAUUCUGAUAUUCUAAAUAUAAAACUCGAUAAGCUUAAUGAAAGUAAAGAGAAGCCAACACCACAUGCCCUAAACAAAAUAAACACACUAUGUGAAAUGAGUAUAGAAAAUUAUGACAACUUUUUAAAUUCUGUCAAAGAUAAGUUUGGAAAGAUGCCUGCUAAACUUGAAUGUGAUAUAAUUAGACCUGUAAUAAGUGCUUAUGCAUUCAUUGGUAGGAACAGUAUGAAAAGAAUUGCAGUUGACAAGAAUAUGCAACUGGCAAAUGUUAAAAAAAGCUUUGAUGCAUAUCAAGCAGUUGUAGAUAUUUGUAGUAAUGAUGAAGAUGCUGCGAAAAUGAUGCAGGAAGAGUUCAGUCUCUGUCAAGAAAUGGUUAAGAUAUUACCUUUAAAAUUGAAAAAACUUGAGAGUGAUCUUGUGAUGUAAUCUGAUAUUUAUAUUGAUCUCACUAGCUUUAUUGGCACUUCAUAGUAGUAUUUAAAUAACAUUAGAAUUACUCUGUUAUUUGUUCUAAAUGACAUGGUGUUUCAGCUUUUGGCAAUCUAUACCUAAAAAAUGGAAUGACCAUUUGGAAAAAUUGCUACAAAUGUUUUAUGAAGUUUAAAUCAUGAUUAGCUAAUAAAAUAACCACUUACA